CGGCGUCAUCUCUCAGCUUUUCAGCUGCUCAUUUCUGUGCGUGAUCUGUUUCUCGCCGGAUCGCAUACCGCCAUGACGACGCUACGCUGGGGUCUGCUCUUCAUGCUCAAAUACCCUCACGUUCUACGGAAAGUGCAGGCCGAGAUCGAUGACGUCAUCGGACGAGGAAGGCUACCAUGCAUGGCGGACCAGGACAACAUGCCGUACUCGCGGGCGACAAUAGCCGAGGUGCAGAGAGUAGCGGACAUCGUGCCACUGAAUCUUCCUCACAGCACGACCGCCGAGAUACAGCUAGGAGGCUACGUCAUCCCCGCUGGUACGGAUAUCUUUGCUAACUUUACGGCCAUCCUGAACGACCCGAAAUACUUCCCCGAACCGCAGAAGUUCCGCCCGGAGCGCCACCUGGACGAGCGUGGAGACUUUGUGCAGAACGAAGCACUGAUUCCGUUCUCUAUCGGUCGUCGCGUCUGUCUAGGAGAGGCUCUCGCGCGAGUGGAGCUGUUCAUAUUCUUCACAGGCAUUCUGCAGAACUUUGACAUCAGGCUACCAGAUGGCGUUACCGAUCCGUCUAUGGAUGGAACUUUGGGCAUCGUGUGGAUGGCAAAUCCGUAUUUGUUGCAUUUCGUCGCGCGACCGUAAUCCACAUGAUUUCAUAAAAACU